GACCACAGGACAGUUCAGCAGCCCUGCACUUCCUCUUCUAGACUUCCAGCGAGCGACCAUGAGCUUCCUGUGACGCCACUGUGUCUCUGGUCAAUUAGUACACUCACAUCCCUCCUCCACUACUGCCUUCAGAGCUGUCGAGUCAUCUGCAGCGCAUCGGGACGAGCUCCACGGGGAAACUAGACCUGCCUGGUUUCUGAAAGCCCUCAAAUCUACCCAGCCACUUAACAGUCCAGCUGGGAUGCUGUUUUUAAGAGGUUAAAACUAGUGUGUGUUCGGGAAAUACAGCCAUGCUACAGCAGUCGGAGCUCAUCUUUGAAUAUGCCAGUGACCAUUUCAACUUGUCACAGCUGGUGGGCCACUCAGACUACCCUGCAGUGAUUGUGGAGCAGGUUCCUCAUCCACACCUGCUGACAUACACAGGUUUAUCACCAGAACAGCCUCAGAAUGAAGAUCACCAGCAGCUUCUUAAAGUGGAGCCAUGUGAGAGUGGAGAGGAGGAGAUCAUGGAGACACUUGUUGCUGCUGACUCCCUCCUCAACAUGGACUGUGCUGACACCCUCUCCCUGGAACAGCACUACGCUCAGGCCUUCCUACCAUCUCUGGGUGACGUCAUCACCACUCCGGUCACCCAGGUUACCGUGUCGGCCGAGGGCGUUGUGGGAGCUGUUGACCAGCCACAAUGGCACCCGCUGCACUCAGAGAAGCCGGCGGCUCGUCUGCAGUCCAAAAAGAGAGGAAGAAAACCUCGACAUCGGAGGGCAGAAUCUCCCACACCAAAUAUUACUGUAAAGAAAGACAAAUACAACAAAGGAGGAAACACACUCUACCUGUGGCAGUUUCUGAUGGAGCUGCUGCAGGACAGACAAGUCUGUCCCCGCUACAUCAAAUGGACGGAUCCUCAGGCGGGGAUCUUCAAGCUGGUCAACUCCAAAGCCGUGGCCCGGCUCUGGGGCAAACACAAAAACAAACCCGAUAUGAACUAUGAGACCAUGGGAAGAGCGCUCAGGUACUACUACCAGAGGGGCAUACUUAAUAAGGUCGAAGGCCAGCGCCUCGUUUACCAGUUCACCUCUCUUCCCCAAGACAUGAUUUACAUCACAGAUGGAGAGGGCACCAAAGAGGAAGAUGAAGAUCACGACAACAGCUGUAACGAUGAAGGGGCGAGCGAGGACUCGGACAGCACCAUGUCCAGCGGCCAGUCCGACGAGGAGGAGCUGGGCUUCCACCCGCCGCCAAAGAAGAGCUUCGUUUCGUUCCCAGCCGCGCCCGCGGCGAGGACCAAAGCGGCUCCCAGGCCCGCGGCCCCGCGGGACGGCGUGCUGCGGCCCUCCGGCAGCAGCCUGAUCCAGGAGCAGCACCUGCCCAUCGUGUCGGCCGAGAUGCUGCGGACGCUGCAGAACCUGCAGAAGGUCCAGUCCCUCCAGCCCGCCGGGCACGCGUCCGUCUUCCAAACGGCCCAGCUGCUGGGGAGCCUGUGCGAGCGGCAGGCCGCCACCGAGGGCGCCGCAGACAGCCCAAGUGCCGAGGAGAAGCCCCACCCGGGACAGAGACCCCCCCAGCUGGUGCCUCUGGCCAGCCCCAACCAAUAGAAAGACACUGCCGUCGACUCCCCCCCCCUAUCCCAGAACACGCGCAUGCCCAGACACUCCGCUGACUCAGGACCACUUCCAAAGCUGCGCCCUGCCGUGGACUCAUCUGAACGCCAGUGAUCAGGUUUUGGGUUUCUUUUUCUUUUAUACGCAAAACAGAAGGAGUUUCGAUCUAGAUUGGAUUUUACACGUCAAACCCAGUGACGUCUCGGUUUCGGAAGAAAUAGUCAGGAACCAAAGCCACCCCUGCAGCUGAGCUCAAAGUAAAGGCAAACUAUGAAGACACACACCUUCUGACGUAACCUCUGCCGACCUAUGCUCCAUGAAAUUUACGCCACACCAAAGAAAGACAUGCACUGGAUUUUACAGCCGCCCGCACCUUCGGCUUGCACUUCGGCUCCUGCGUCACCGGGCCACCGGCCUCGUGACCACGCCUGCCCUCUUCUGCCUUUACGCUCGCGCAUUCCCACUUUGUGUUUUAUAUGCGAUCACAUGCUGAAUCAUUCCUUUGCCUUAAAAGCGGCUUUGCACUAGAACCCCCCCCCUUCUCCUGCUGUACCUUUCCUCUCUAAGUGCCUAAAGGUCUCGCUCUCGCCUCUGCUUCCUCUACUCCUGAUCAUCCUGAGGUUAUUGAGGGAAAACAUUCCAAUUUGUCUGUACAAUUAUUUUUUAAGAUUACUGAAUUCUGUUCGUAUUGUGAAAUGUUGAAAACAAGGGAACACUGUUUGUAGAAUAGUAGUUGUGCACUGCUGCUGUUUUAAUGUUUGUGUAUAUUCGCAGAGGGAGUUUCUUUUCUCGACAAUCAAGUUUAAAAUUGUAUCGUGACUAUUUAGCCUUCCCACAAUGCACACAGUCUGUUCAGUUAUUGCACGUGUAUUAAUUCAUGUACAAAAGCCUCAAAAAUCUACAUGUGUUUAUAUACUGUAUGUGUGAAAGUGUCUGUGCUCUAUUGCCAUUUUCUCCCUCAGGUUCAUGAAUUGUUUUGUUUGUUUGUUUUUUUUUGUGCUGCAGAGACUAUAUA